AGAUAUUUUAUUCAUGCCUUAUGUUGGAGCAACUGGAGAACCGGCUUCCCUGUGGCCUAGAUGUUGUAAACACAUAUGCAUUUGUAGAAGGAAAAAAAAUAUUUAUAUAUUUUUGGAGAAAAUUUUAAUCUUUUGGAGGAAGAGUGGACCUUCAGAGAGAGAGAGAGAGCAAAUGACACUCCUGUAGCCUCAAAGUAACGCACUAGUGCAACAAAAAAAAAAAAAAAGACAAAAAGGCUGAAGUGGGUUUGAAGCAUGGGCUGUGCUUCAAGUAUUCAUAUCUCUGAUAGGGUGGUCUACCACAGUGGAAAAGAGUCUGAGGAUUCCCACUCACCCCAGCAGACUAAUACAACUCAGCAUCAAGGAAAUCCUGCCUCUGGACUACCCCUAAAACCCCCUAGCUGCAAGACCACAUUAACGGAGGUGCAGUUUGGACCAAUGAAGCUAUUUAAAGACCCACUUCAGGUACUUUUAGUUUUUGCCAAAGAGGACAGUCAAAGUAAUGGCUUCUGCUGGGCGUGUGAGAAGGCCAACUACAGGUGCAGCAUGGCGCGGACGCCUGAAUCCGCUCUUGAAUGCUUCUCAGAGAAGCAUCACGACCUUGUCAUCAUUGACCACAGACAUUCCAGACACUUUGACGCUGAAGCACUGUGCCGGUCAAUUAGAGCGGUCAACUCCUCAGAAAACACUGUGAUAGUCGCCGUUGUGAAAAGGCCAGACAGAGAGGAAGCCGCUGUGAUGCCGCUGAUCAAUGCUGGCUUUAAUAGGAGGUAUGUGGAAAAUGCCAAUAUGAUGGCCUGCUACAAUGAGCUGCUACAGCUGGAGCAUGGAGAGGUGCGGGCACAGUUCAAACUGAGGGCUAGCAAUGCCAUAUUCACAGCUCUGGAACAAAGCCAAGACGCCAUAGAGAUCACUUCUGAAGAUCAAGUUAUUCAGUAUGUGAAUCCUGCCUAUGAGUCCAUCAUGGGCUACCAACAAGGCGAGCUUAUAGGGAAGGAGAUAAUAGAAGUGCCUAAAAGUGAGAAGAAUAAGCCUGAUCUUCUUGAAACGAUAAACUCCUGUAUACUAAAAGGAAAGGAGUGGCAGGGGAUUUAUUAUGCCAAAAAGAAGAAUGGAGACAACAUUCAGCAAAAUGUGAAAAUCACACCUGUAAUCGGACAGGGAGGAAAAAUCAGACACUAUGUGUCUAUCAACAGGCCUUUAAAUGAUAAUAAUAAGAGUGAAAAAUCCACUGAACGUGUGCAGGCAGAGUCGCAAACAGAUAUACAAUCCAGUAAGCACAAAGACCGAAGGAAAGGCUCUCUGGAUGUCAAAUCCAUCACGUCUCGAGGGAGCGAUGGGAGCUCGCAGAGAAGACACUCCUCGAUGGCCCGAAUUCACUCCAUGACCAUAGAGGCUCCCAUCACUAAGGUCAUAAACAUCAUAAACCAAGCACAGGAAAGCAGUCCUAUGCCUGUGGCAGAGGCCUUGGAUCGAGUACUGGAAAUCCUGAGGACUACAGAGCUGUAUUCCCCACAGCUGGGCACCAAGGAUGAAGAUCCCCACACCAACGACCUUGUUGGAGGGUUGAUGACGGACGGUUUACGGAGGUUGUCAGGAAAUGAGUACAUCCUCGCCACAAAGCAGCCCCACCAUCUGCCGAGUCACCUGGCAACUCCCCUGUCGUUAAACGACAUCCCCCCUCGGAUUGCUCAGACCAUGGAAACCGAAGCAUCAUGGGAUUUUGACAUCUUUAACCUGGAGGCUGCAACCAUGAAAAGGCCUUUGACCUUUUUAGGUCUGAAGAUUUUCUCCCGCUUUGGGGUGUGCGAGUUUUUAAACUGCCCUGAAGCUACUUUGCGCUCCUGGCUGCAAGUCAUUGAGGCCAACUACCACUCCAGCAACUCCUACCACAACUCUACCCAUGCUGCUGAUGUCUUGCAUGCAACUGCCUAUUUUCUCUGCAAGGAGAGGGUCAAGCAAAGUUUGGAUCCCAUUGACGAAGUAGCUGCUCUGAUUGCUGCCACUGUGCACGAUGUGGACCAUCCGGGCCGGACAAACAGUUUCCUGUGCAAUGCAGGAAGUGAGCUGGCCAUCCUCUACAAUGACACAGCUGUGCUAGAGAGCCACCAUGCUGCCCUGGCCUUCCAGCUCACAACGAGAGAUGAUAAGUGCAACAUUUUCAAGCACAUGGAAAGGAAUGAGUAUCGAACAUUAAGACAGGCCAUCAUAGAUAUGGUCCUCGCUACGGAGAUGACCAAACACUUUGAACACGUCAAUAAGUUUGUGAACAGCAUCAACAAGCCGCUGGCUGCUCUGGAAGAGAAUGGGGGAAACAGCGAUGAAGAAUCUGUCAAGAGCGUCCUGACGUCCCCUGAGAACCGCAUCCUCGUCAAGCGGAUGCUGAUCAAGUGCGCAGACAUCUCUAAUCCAUGCAGGCCUUUGGAGCUCUGUAUAGAAUGGGCUGGGCGCAUCUCAGAGGAGUAUUUUGCACAGACAGAUGAGGAAAAGAGACAAGGUCUACCAGUGGUCAUGCCUGUGUUUGACAGAAACACAUGUAGCAUCCCAAAGUCCCAGAUUUCCUUUAUAGACUACUUCAUCACAGACAUGUUUGAUGCAUGGGAUGCUUUUGCGGACCUCCCUAAUCUUAUGCAGCACUUGGACAACAACUUCAAGUACUGGAAAGGCCUUGAUGAGCGGAAGCUGCACAGCCUGCGACCGCCUCCAGAGUAGCUGCUGCAUCAUUGGGACCCUUGCACGCACCUGAAACCAGGGCAGAACCUUCUUUCCGCCUGCUAGGGCGUCUCUCUACCUGUCGGCCCAGGCCACACAGGACGUCCUCGCCUCCACUCUCUUGCUUCUGUAGCACGCAGAGGGCCGACAUGUCCGUCCACAACAGAAACCCACAGAGAGACUUCCUGACACUGCUGAAUUGCUGGUGGAUAUACAAGCCUGUGUGAUUGGAACUGUGACCGUCGAACAAGGACAUCCAGCAUAUGUACUUCUACACUCGCAGUGUAGCUGUUGGCAUGACUGAAAGAGGGGCGAGGGUCCUCACAGGUCCUGUGGCAAUGCAUUCAUCCUUUGAUUAUCACGGAGGCACUCCCGGGUGCCUGCGAAGUUGCUGUUAGGACUUCAAAACUGUGUCUACACCACGUAAAGCCGUGUAAUCACUUUAGGCGUCUAGCUUCUGCACUCGCAGCGAGGCAGGGACGCUCCUAGAAACUUUUGGAGGCCACGUUCAUGAAAGUACACUCCACCGCUUAUCUUUUGUUUGUUUGUUUUCAGGCAAUAUUUCCACGUGUUCUACAGAAACACAAAGUUGACACAAAGCUGUAAUAACAGCAAUGAGAGCAGAUUCUUCCUUCAUCUGGGUUGGACCUUAGUCCCAGGCCACUGCUCUUAGAAAAAAAAAGAAACUCUAUAUCUUGGUCAUAGAUAUCUAAUUAAAGGUUAUUUGGUAUGCUAGGUUUUUUUUUUUCUUAAAGGUUUCAUAUUUCCUAUAUUAAAAUCCACCAA